AGGUCCGUAGACAUUUUUGCUCAAGAGGAGCGGCUAUUGGGGUAUCUGGACUGCCCCACUACGUGCGCCGCGUGGCCGCGGAGCUCUCAGCCGGCCAUGGCCCGCCGUUCGCCAGUCGCCGUCGUCGCGGGUGCAGCCGCGCUGAUUGCCGUCGCGCUGUCUAGCUCGCAGCCUGGAUGGCUUGCGCCGCGCUCUGCGCUGAGGCCGGCCCUGGACGUCGUCGCGGCCGCGCCGAUGUUGGCGCCCUCGCCGACGCGUACCUCGGUGCUGCCCGGGCCGCCCGAACCGCUGGACGAAAAGCGCUACAGCGAGGGCGUUCGGUGGCUCAUGGAUGCGGAGAUGAAGAAGGCGCCCGACUGGCACGUCCUGCUGCUGGACAAGACGUUUCGGCAGAAGAGGAACACUGUGGCGCACGUUGCGGCGUGUAUCUCCGCCGCCGUCGGCCUGGCAAGCGUGGUUGCCAUGCGCAAGGCGCAGCACGCCAAGGACAACUUCUAUUCUGUGCUCAAGACCACCGAGAAGUUCGGCGAGGCCGUCCGCGUUGCGCAGGCGCUGCAGGGCCGAGGGCUCGUGGUGCGGGUCGCGCCCGGGGCGCGCCUGCCGCCCAGCGAGGGCGGCCCUGGCGGCGCGGCCACUGGCGAGGCCGCGGGCGGCGCCGCCAGCGCGCCGGUGGCUGCGACGAUGCAGUGACCGCCGAGGCGCUGCCGAGUCUGGUGCUGGAGUUAAGCCGGGCAUGUCCCUCUACAGGAGGAAUAUUCAAAGAUAGUGAACAGUAGUCUGGUCACGAUCUUUUUCGUGUUUUCUUUCGGGAACCAUUUCUUGACAUUUUUCAUUUAUCUUCCAAAAUCCGCCAGUAGGAGGACAAGCCCGACCUGAUGCUGGAGGCCUCUAAUCGCCCGUGCGCUUUUUUGGCCUCUCGCGCUGUCGCUAGCUGGCAUCGCCUGUGGUCUCUCUCUAUCUCUCUCUUUCUCAGCUUGCUGUGGGGUGAACUUGUGCCCCGGCUGGCUCCCUUUGUGUAAAGUGGUGGGGCGGAUUCUGACACAAGUGCGGCAAUUCAUCCACUUCCAGAACCUUCAGGUGCACGCAGCACUGUAUGCCACCUCUACGAUGCAAAGCGAUCGACGUGGUGAGCCCGUGCCCGCCACGCUGUUCCGCUGCGCCCAGUUGAUUACAGUUCCCUUCCCUCUUUUGCCCCUGCCUCCUUCCCAGCGGGCGCUGUCUCCAGUCAUCGUGUCCUCCAUCCAGUUUUCGUUGGCAUGUCGGCGUGCGCCAAAGUACAGAGGCAGGCCGUGAAGCCGUGAAGCUCCUUCUGGGACAAAAACGCCGUUCAGGAGAUCUACAGCACCAAGGCAUGGGGCCGUUCAGGAGGAUCUGCAGUACCCAGUGCAGAGA